CACAGUGGAAACUCCAUCACCCAUAGCGCAUAGCGUUUGAACGUCAUCACAACAGGAAGUGUCGGAGGCUGGGCAUUCCCGUCCUGCCAGCGCCCAUGGACGACGCCCCGGAACAACGCAGCCCCAUCAGGAACAAAUAAACCGGGCGGGCGAGGCUUUGUUCCCUCGGUUUAUCCCGGUGGACCGUUUACUUAUGAUGGAAAGGGCGAUGGAGCAGCUCAACGUACAGCUCAGCCGGCUGACCCGUUCCCUCCGCCGGGCCAGGACCGUGGAACUCCCGGAAGACAAUGAGACUGCAGUGUACACGCUUAUGCCAAUGGUCAUGGCUGACCAGCACAGGUCAGUGUCAGAGUUGCUCCUCAACUCCAAAUUUGAUGUGAACUACGCCUUUGGACGUGUAAAGAGAAGUCUGCUGCACAUUGCUGCCAACUGUGGGUCUGUGGAGUGUCUGGUUCUGCUGCUGAAGAGAGGAGCCAACCCAAACUACCAGGACAUCUCAGGCUGUACUCCUCUGCACCUCGCUGCUAGGAACGGACAAAAAAAGUGUAUGGGCAGACUCUUGGAAUAUAAUGCUGAUGUCAACAUCUGCAACAAUGAGGGACUGACUGCUAUCCAUUGGUUGGCAGUGAACGGGCGGACUGAGCUCCUCCAUGAUCUGGUUCAGCAUGUGUCCAACGUGGAUGUGGAGGAUGCAAUGGGGCAGACAGCUCUACAUGUAGCCUGUCAGAACGGACACAAGACUACGGUGUUGUGUCUUCUGGACAGUGGAGCUGACAUCAACCGGCCAAACGUCUCUGGAGCUACACCUCUUUACUUUGCCUGCAGCCAUGGCCAAAGAGACACAGCACAGAUCCUGCUGUCUCGGGGCUCCAAAUACCUCCCUGACAAGAAUGGCGUCACUCCUCUGGAUCUCUGUGUGCAGGGUGGAUAUGGAGAAACCUGUGAGAUCCUCAUCCAGCAUCACGGCAGACUGUUCCAGACCCUCAUCCAGAUGACCCAGAAUGAUGAUAUUAAAGAGAGCAUGCUCAGGCAGGUUCUGGAGCAUGUCUCUCAGCAGAGUGACAGUCAUUACCAGAGGAUCUUGACCAGCCUUGCUGAAGUUGCUACUACCAAUGGGCACAAGCUUCUCAGCCUGUCCAGCAGUUAUGAAGCUCAGAUGAAGAGUUUGCUGAGAAUAGUUCGUAUUUUCUGCCAUGUCUUCCGCCUGGGGCCUUCAUCGCCCAACAACGGCAACGACAUGGGCUACAAUGGCAACAAGACAGCUCGCAGCCAGGUCUUUAAGCCAUUGGAGCUGCUGUGGCACUCCCUCGACGAGUGGCUCGUGCUCAUCUCCACCGAGCUGGACAGGAACAGGAACAACCCGUCGUCGCCGUCCUCCAGUAGCGAGAUAGCCUCCCUGCUUCUCAAACAGCGGGAGGUCGAGCACUCCAGCUCCACACCAAAGCUCCCCUCCUUGCUGGACCCUCAGAUUGUUAUGGAAACUGAGGUGUAUGCCGACGGGGAGGACGUUAUCUCCAUGACAGCCAAUCGACUCAGCGCUGUGAUCCAGGCCUUCUAUAUGUGCUGCUCCUGUCAGAUGCCACAAGGGUCUGUAGUCAGUCUUCAUCUGCCGAGUGUCAUACAGAAUCCCAUCAACACACAAAGAAUGACGUCCCCUCGCUUCAUUGAGUUUGUCUGCAAGCAUGACGAGGUGCUCAAGUGUUUUGUAACCAGGAAUCCAAAGAUCAUCUUCAACCACUUCCACUUCCUCCUGGAGUGUCCAGAGUUGAUGUCACGCUUCAUGCAUAUUAUCAAGGGCCAGCCCUUCAAAGAUCGUUGUGAGUGGUUCUACGAGCAUCUGCUGGCUGGCCAGCCAGACUCAGACAUGGUUCAUCGUCCGGUCAACGAGAACGACAUCCUGCUCAUCCACAGAGACUCCAUAUUCAGGAGUAGCUGUGAGAUGGUAUCAAAGUCCACCAAUGAGAAACUUAAACAGGGUAUCGCUGUUCGUUUCCAUGGCGAGGAGGGGAUGGGUCAGGGUGUGGUUCGAGAGUGGUUCGACAUUCUGUCCAAUGAAAUCAUCAACCCAGACUAUGCUCUGUUCACUCAGUCAGCUGAUGGUACCACAUUUCAGCCCAACAGUAACUCCUCAGUGAACCCGGACCACCUGAACUACUUCCGGUUCGCAGGUCAUAUCCUGGGUCUGGCUCUGUACCAUCGACAGCUGGUCAACAUCUACUUCACCCGCUCCUUCUACAAACACAUACUGGGGAUCCCUGUGAACUAUCAGGACGUGUCGUCCAUCGAUCCAGAGUACGCCAAAAACCUGCAGUGGAUCCUGGACAAUGACAUCAGUGAUCUGGGUCUGGAGCUCACCUUCUCUGUAGAGACAGACGUUUUCGGCGCGAUGGAGGAAGUGCCGCUCAAACCUGGAGGUACCAGCAUCCUGGUCACCCAGGACAACAAGGCCGAGUAUGUCCAGCUGGUGACGGAGCUGAGGAUGACACGAGCCAUCCAGCCUCAGAUAAACGCUUUCCUGCAAGGAUUCCACACCUUCAUCCCCGCCUCGCUCAUCCAGCUUUUCGAUGAAUACGAAUUGGAGCUCCUGCUGUCAGGGAUGCCAGAGAUCGAUGUGCAGGAUUGGUGCAGGAACACAGAGUACACCAGUGGCUACGACCCUCAGGAGCCCGUCAUCCAGGUGGAUCCUUUAAAACCUAAAACUAUUGCUUGGCUUGAGUUCAGGGUCAUCGAUCAGGUUGUCCAGGCCUCAGACACAGUGGUUCUGGCAGGUGGUGACGGGCCUGACCCAGGAGGAACGGGUUCUUCUGCUUCAGUUUGUCACCGGAAGUUCCAGGGUUCCUCAUGGCGGCUUCGCCUACCUGAUGGGUGGCAGCGGUUUACAGAAGUUCACUGUUGCUGCAGUGCCAUACACCUCCAACCUACUGCCUACCUCCAGUACCUGUAUCAACAUGCUGAAACUCCCAGAAUACCCGAGCCAGGAGGUCCUGAGAGACCGGCUGCUGGUAGCGCUGCAUUGUGGGAGCUACGGGUACACCAUGGCAUAAAUCAAUUCCUGCUGCUGUGAGGGUCUGCAUACUCAUGCAACACUCUGACCUCCUUCACUCUUUUUGUAGUCAGACGCUGCUUUUGCUGGACAAAAAAAAAAACAAAAAAAGGGAAACCCAGAUUCUGAAGAGACACGACAGACUGAACGCAGAGCACAGACUCACUCAAACCUGUGCCAGAACCUUUUUUAUUCAAGCUGGUAUCUGGUCAUUUAUGCAAAUAAUAUCUUUAAAUAUGACUAUUUUCAUGCAUACAUUUAUUUAAGAAACAGCAUUUAUACCAUGAAUUCUCUGCUUAAAGGUCCAGUGUGUCAGAUUUAGGGCGCUCUUUGUACAGAAUAUAAUCUUCAGAACUCUGUUUUCAUCAGUGUAUGAUCACCUGAAAAUAAGAAUUUUUAUGUUCUUUCAUGUUUUUCAUGGCCGCCAUAGUUUCCCCUACACAACUUGAAGUCGAGGUUGAGGUGAGGGGAGAAACAAGUUGCCACUAAAUCCUACAGACUGGUCCUUUAAAACAGAUUAAUAAUCACAAUAAAAACAUACUCAUGCAAGCUUACUGAAUGUCAAAUAUGGAUGGGCGCAGUGGUGAGAUUCACGUCCGUGUCUCAGCUUCACGGUGCAUCAGGCCCAAAUCAGAAAGAACAAACGACACACACACACAUGGCUGUUCUCUGUUUCUGUGUCAUGUCAUGUCAUGGCUGGGUGUCACUACCUGUUUAAGUUUCCAAUGCCAACAUGACGCCUGAUUAUUUUGAUACUUUGUUGCACUGUGGAGAAACCAAAAUCUCUUUUUGUUUGACAAAAUAAGCCAAACUUCUCAGACACUCCAAUGUUCUAAACAAAUGCACAUAUGGCCAAAUGUAUGUGGACGGUCAACAUCAGAUGUGAGGACCAGACCAGUAACUUCAUGAGCACAAAACCGGUGGCUUUUAGUUCGAUCAGCUGAAGUCCAGCAGUUUAAAUAUUUUGAGGUGAAUUAAAGUAAACAGCAGUGUACUGUUACAGCCUGAAUAUGUUUAACGUUGGCUGCUUUUAGAUCAACAAAGAUUGAAUAUUUCUUUAUGUUUAUUCCUGUGUGGGUCAAGAAGGGUGAAAGACUUUCAUGUUCAUAGAUUUACAGAAAAUAAAUGUUAAUGAAUAAUAAUGUGUUGACUAGUCAUACGUUCACAGAGGGAGUUGUCACUGCAGGACAAUAUAAAAAAUUGAUUUUGACCAAAUAAAUGCACAUUAAGGCCAAGGAGAAACGUAUUGUCUGCCAGACUGGGCUCAUCCAGCUGUGAUGGGAUGUGUUGGAUGUGCUGUACAUCGUCUACACAGCUGCAUGAACACGUCUCCACCCCUGUAGCAUGAAACGCAUGUGUCAUGUGGUUUAUUACGCAACAUGCUUUGUCAUUCUUGAAGUGAGUAUCUUGCUCUGGUCUAUAUUCGUGUUUCAUGGAUGAAUAUCAGGCUUUAGUGUUUGUAUUUGUUUCCACAGAGAACAUGCUCUCCAUGUGACAGAUGUUUGGCUCGCUGUGCCAAAAAAAACUGAAAGCUGGAAUUCUUUUCAAUGCAUUCUUGUCUUUGUAAUUUUUCUCACACAAGCAUGCUGAAUCUGUGUUUUUUUAUUCUAAGAGGUGGGGAUCAUGUCAGGAAGUCUCCCUUCUUUCCAUUUGUAAAGGGAGAGUACAUAUUGAUUUCAUAUCUCAUAUUAUCUAUCAGUAUUGUUUUGAGUGCCUCGCCUCAAAUGCUUUUAUAAACUGAUGUCAAUGUUUGUUGAGAAAGGAGCCUUUCUACAUAUUUCUGUAAACGUCUUCAGUAUCAGAUGAUGUGCUUUACCAUAAAUAUCUGUCGUGCGUUGAGAUUUUAUUCAAUAAAACUUGUUUUGACAAUCCA